AGUCUGGCCUCGUCCCUUUGCCUCCCGCACCUUAAAUAUUUAUAGACAUUGAUCAGAUCCCCUCUGAGUUUUCUUUUCUCAAGGCUGAACAGUAAUUAUACUGAAGAGUUGUUAAAAUGUUACAAAUACGGAAAAUCUUCAGAGGUUUUUCUUCCUAAAACCUGUUUAUAACACACUGAGAAAGUCUACUUAUUCUCUAUUUCACUUCCUGGAGAAGUAGUUAAGUUCCAUGAAGCUCAUUAUUCACGAGCUUUUAAAAAUGAAUAAUGUCCUGCAGUUAUUUGAAAGUAUGGCAUCACUCCAAAACACAUUCAACUCAUUUGGAGUUUUCAAAUAUUGACAGUCAAGGUGCAAUGUUUAGAGUCUCAGGUCUUAUUUCAGUGUUUACUUUGCCUUCAGUGGAGAAGUAUUGUCGUAUUUUAUGACCAUUUGAAAUGGUGCUUUAGCUUUAUCUGGAGAAAUGAAUUCAAGGAGGGAAGAUUUCUUACAUUAAAAAUAAUUGUUUGAAGCUGCCCCAUCACUUUUCCUUGAUUCUACAAAGUGCUGUUACCUACCGGUUUCAAUUAAUCAAGCAGAAAUAAAAGCGUAGUUUUUUCCUUUAAAUCCAGAUAAUGAUGUGAAAGUGUAAGAGUAAGAGUAAUACCAAUACUAUGUUAGAAAAAAAAAAAAAGGAAAAAGGAUAUGAUUAUAUCAUGUCUGAAACUAUAUUUUAGACAUAGUAUUAAUACAUUAAACGUUUACACAGGGUGGAAAUACAAACUAAAUAGAAACUCAAAUGAGUUUAAUCUUUCAGUAUAGUCUGUCAUGGUGGUUGAAGUGUUGUGCAUAAUCAUGAACUUUAAAGUUUUCUAUGUAAAAUAUAUAUAUUUAUAAUCUAAUAUUGCUACAAUAAACAGUUAGGCUUAUUAAUUAGAAAUAUUUGAGCUAUCAUAACAAUAACACAUUCUGUCCAAUAAGGUUGUUCAGUGUAACUGGUUAUAUUUUAAAGAAGCAGACAUUUUCACUUUUCCAGUCUUCUAGCUAUGGAUUCUAUAAACACAAUAUAAAAAUUAAAGAAAAUACUUGGGUAAUUUUCAAUGUUAGUCUUUUAACAUCUACUUUACUCAUUGUUGUACCAACAGCUAUCCAACACUGGUACCUUGAAAAGUUAAGAUAAUUCAGUAUAGCAACACCAUAGCAGAUUUAUAUAUAAAAUUGUACUGGUGGUUUUGUAAGUGGCAGCAAGUUGCAGGGACAAGAGUGGGGGGAGCUGCAUUGUUCCCCAUUCAGCCCUGUCACCUCUCAUCCUUUCGUGAGGGUUUGCCAUUAUUUACCCCCAAAAACUUGUCAGGCAGCUCCAAGAAUGAGAGUGCCUGCUAGCAACAAAUGCUCACUGAUUCCCCAGCAUGCCUGGGGAAGGGCAGCAUGGGGAGGAGAGUGAUCAUCUCUUGCCCUACAAACUGUGCCAGUUGCAGUAGUGGCACUGCAGGCUGGGCCUGCCAGACUAAACAUCAGCUGCUCUGUAACUCACUCCAGCAGCUGUGAAUUUGACGUACACAGGACAGCAGAGAGACUUGCAAUUUCUUCGCAAAGGGGAAAUGGUUUGUGUCAGCAGACUCUAAGGGAAUGGCAGCGGCAGAAGAAGGGUAGCAGCAGCCAGACCAUUGCCUCUUCCUCAUCAGCCCUUUGCUGUCCUUGUCCUUCUGCUCUCUGUGUCACGCUGUCCCUCUUCUCUGCCAGCAUUGGGAGCAUGGAGAUCAGUGGCCCUGGUGCUGUUGGUUAGGAGCAGCCCCACACAGGGCCCCGCUUGGAGCUGCACACCCAGGCGGCGGCACACCGUCCUUGUGGUGGCCAUCGCCAGCUCUUCUCCUCCCCAGCACUGCCCGGGACAGCCCUCCCUGCUUCCUCAGCAGCAGAAAAUGAACUGGGUGGGUGGCAGCCGGAGCAGAGUCAUACUAAAACAGGAAAGGAGAAAGCAAAAGGAAUUCUUCGAAAAGAAAAAACUUAAAUCAAAGAUGAAGCUUCUGGGAGCAUCAUCUCCUAAAAGUUCAGCAGUCAGCUUAGAUCUCCUCAAUCUAUAUGUUGUUAACCAGAUAUCGACCAAAAAAGACAACAGUGGGAACCUGAAAAAGCCAGUCCACGUUGAUAUAACUGAAGAUGGAAAAGCACCUUUUAGAAGGAACAACCUAGAGCUUCCCAGGUCACCACUACGAAACCAAUUUACAGAACACUUAGAUCACAUCAAGAACAGGUUACAAGAGCAAGUACUGGACAGCAGAAGGCAGCAUCUCUUAGAAAAAGAAAAAUACCAGCAUAAAUUAACACAAGUAACAGAACUAACUUAUGGUGAACGUAUGGAACAUGAAGACAACGCAGCAACAACAUUUAGCACCUGUCCAUUGUCCCCUUCUAUAUUUUGGUCCUCUAACUGUGCACAGUUUUCAGAAGAAAAUUUCAACACAAAAUCAAUGGGCAACCCUUGGGAACAGACUUAUGAAGAUAAGCAAAAGAAACAGCCAGGAACCGUUUCUGACCAAGACCCUUGGAUUUCAAAUCACUCAAGCCAGUGUAUUUUCAGGAAGUCUGAUACAGAGCCUCAGGAGCUGCUUAAGCCAUUGCACAGGCUAGACUAUAUGAAUUCUGCCAGGAAAAAUCCAGUGAUAAUGACCAGUAAAGAACCAGAAAACACCGAGGGAAUAAAAGAACCAUUGUUUGGUGUCGUGAAAGAAACUGCAGAUCUGAGAGCUCCCCAAGACGAAAGUGAUUGUCCCUUUCUGUCACUGUUUGGAGAUGAGAGCCAACCAAUCUAUAAUAAACUUUCCACAAAGCGCUUUAAUCCUUUAGUGAACCAAAACACUGCUCCCAUUUUUCUCAUCGAUCCCGAUGAUAGAAAUCAAAUGACCAACAGAAACUAUACGUAUGACACUGGAGAGGUUCAUCCUGCAAUUAAUAUGAGAAAAAAUUCUGCAGAGAGACACCUUAAGGGCAUUUUCACAGCUCCAGAACAGGUUUUGUGUAAAAGCAACAAUGCGCCAUUUGCAAACUGCAAGAAAAACAGCCUCCAUAAAACUCACCUUCAGGACUGCCAUGAGGGACAGCUCUACUUAAGAUCUCCUGGAAGCAAAGAGAGACCUUCAACAUUUGAAAAAAGCGAGACGUACGCUCAUUAUCAUGAUCAGCAGAUUAAUUUAAAGGAGAACAUGCAGAACCAUUCAAGAAAUAAAAGAGACGAGCCUGUGAAAGGAUCAGUCUGGAAACAGAACCAGCUUUUUGAAUUGGAAGAGUUCGCAAAAGCACAACAGAAGGAGUACGACUUUGGAGCGAAUUCAAACCUUCACAAGACAAAACAGGCUCAUUUUUCAGAUGCGGAGUCACCACUCAGCAGCCUGUCUCCCAGUUACACUCCAAGGCAGACAGAAAGGUGCUUCAGCUCCAGUCCUGACAUGUCUGAAGAGGAAGACACAGCCAGAAAGAAGAAAUAUGUGGACAAGCAGCGCCACCAGACAGACAAUGCCAACCUGAUCGCAGCCUCCGCAAGCACAGAGCCCCCCAGGGCCUCUCACGAUGGAGUUCUGCCCCCCCAGCCCAGCAGCAGUGUGGGUGUGGAAGGAGACAGCCAUCUUCAGCAGAAACACUCCAUUUCACGCGCCAGAGAGGAAAAGAAAGAGCACUCUGCACCAUGUGAGGGCAGCUCGUUACACCAAGCCCCUAAAAGAGCGCAAGUCACACAGAGCUCAAGGUCCGAUGUUUGGGUGCAGACCGAGAGCCCCGGCCCUCAGUCAGGGCAAGUGGAUGCGGCCACCCAGUGUGACCCCACACGGGUGUGCGCCUGCGGGCGCUCCCUGCCCUCUGCCCGCAGCCCGGAGGGGCUGCAUCCUCCCGGCACCGCUGGAGGGCACAAAACGCCCGAGCAUGAGGCACUGCGGCCCGCAGGCAGCUCAGCAGGGACAGCAGCGCUCUCCUCUGAAGCGGAGUAUCUCACUUUGGCUGACAGAACAACGCUAGACAUUCUGAACUACAUCGAUACAAUGAAGGAGAGAGAAAAGCAGUGACCAGCUGGAAUGGCAUGGAAAGAAAUAGAAAGAAUGCUUCCAAAUUUUGUCCUGUUCCCAGUAGGUUUCACUUAACAGUAUGUAUUUUCAAGCCUGGCUAGAAAAAAUAUCUUUUGUCGUCUGAUUGCUUAUACAUUAUUACUAACUGUACAUCUUUGUCUAUCAGCUGCCAUCUCUGACUUUCUGUAGAUCUCAGACUGAUAUCAUAGGAUUGAUUUUACAACAGCUUAUCAAACAUAAACCUUAGGAACUAGAUUUGCUUUCCCACCUGUAGGGUUCUGUAGUUUGAAGGUGACUUUGCUUCUCCUGAAAGCAGGGGAAAGGUUUCAUUUCACUUCAAGGCACGUUUGCUGUGACUUAGUUCAGAACUGUUGUCAAAUUCUCACCCAUUUUAAGAUGCAAACCAGUGUUUGGUAUGUGUUUGUACUAAAUAUAACAAUGGAAAUAUGAAAAUGAAACAGAAAGCAGACAGCAGCACACAUAAGAUAAAAUGUAAUUUUAAAAGAACUAAUUUACUCAUUUUUAGCCAAAGAAAAUCCCACCAAAAACAAACAAAAAACACAGCAGAAAUGCUUAGGCUUCUUCCCACAGCAGACCUAUUGAUUUGUUCCCUGUUAACAAAUAUUUUACGUGUUUCUGCGUUUUGCCUGCGGGUUGAAAAUAUGAAAUUAUUUCCUCCUCGUUGCAGUAUUUGUGUGAGGCUACAAAUAACACCAAAUAAAUGUUUCUGAUAAUAGUGUCUCUAAGUUAUGUUCUUCCCCUUUCAAAAGAUUCCCAGUGAAGUUGGCCCCCUGCGUUGGCUGCCACCAUUUGCUCAUCCAUCCAUCCAUCUUUACACACACAUGCAAAGCCCUGGCACACAGUGCAGGAGCCGUGCCUGUACCGGGCCGGUACGUUGCACUUGUUCCCUUGGAGCCGUUGUCAGCAGAUUCACUGCCCUUAUUUCCACCAGGUCAGCUUCUUUU